AUGGCAUUCUUCCUUCCCCGCACCAUCUACCAUACCCAGGCUCCCCUGAACCCACUCUACCAUCUCCUUAGGGAACUCGACCAGUCGGUUCAGCAGCCCCAGCAGCCCCAGCAAAAGCGCCAAUGCCAGCCUCAACAGAAGAGCCAUGCCCAGGCUAACUGCCCUGCAUACCGCGUGAACACUCGCCCAUGGGAACCCCGCUUUGAGGCCCACGAGACAGAGGACUCCUUCGUUAUCCACGGCGAGCUCCCAGGCAUGAACAAGGACCACGUCACUGUCGAGUUUCCUGAGCCUUGCAAGCUUGUUGUUAGCGGCAAGGUUGAGCGAUUCACAGACGCCCCUAAGGAAGCUGAAACAACCACUGACCAGACUGCUCCCGCCCCGGUCAUCGAGUCAGAAGACGAAGACACCCGGAGCAGGAGCUCUUACCAGGCCACCGUUGAGGACGAUGUCGAUGGCGACGAGUUUGAGGUCGUGGACCACACGUCAGAAAAGUCAGAGACUAUCGGCCAGUCAGAGUCUGAGAUUCCGAGCGAGAAGACCAAGGAGAAGCAGUUGGAGAAGCCUCAAGAGCCAAGACGUUCUGGCUAUAGCAAGGAGUUCUCGCGCUACUUCACUUUCCCUACCUAUGUCAACUACGAGGCGGUUACUGCCGAACUUAAGGACGGUCUCUUGACUAUAGUGGUACCUAAGGAAACUUCUAAGCUUCGUCAAAUUGUGAUUAGCUAG